AUGGAAGGCGAUUGGAGUAACUAUUGGCAUGAACACCCUCAAAAUCCAUCCCCCGGCGAAUCAAAUGCUUCCAGGCAAGGAUUCUCGCCAUUCACGCAAGAAUCGAAUGCCUUUCAAGCGGCGGCCACCAAUUUGAACCCCCGCUUUGCCGCCGUUGCCGACCCCGAGCCCGAUGUGGAGGAGAUUGCUUCUAUAUCGGCGGCCAAACGUAGCAACUAUUAUCCGCCAGAAAUGGUGCUAAUUUGCCGUUUGUAUUGCGAGCACACCCACGACUCUGUGGUGGGUGUCGACCAAAAAGGGGCGAAGUUUUGGGGCUCCCUCUGCACCCAAUACAAUGCUGAAAAGCCCCGAGGAUCUAUUUCACGCGACGUCACGCAAAUCAAAUCUCACUUUCAACGGGUGGCGAAGGAUUCGAAGAGGUUUGAGGCCAUGCACAAAAAAUGUCACGAUAAAUGGAAAUCAGGCAUGAGUGAUGGUCAAAUCCUGGAGCAAGCAGAGGCAAUGUGGCUAGCCGAGUACCGUGUUCCGUUCCGGUAUCCGCAUGCAUGGAAGAUCUUGCGCGAGUCCAAGAAAUUUGCAAGUCUCGGCGAGGAUGUUCACUCCGAUGUCCAUUCGGACAAACGAUCAAAGGGCUCCGACGGUCUUCCCACAACGACUUCUAGCGACGCGAGUAUCUGCACCCGACCCCAAGGGCAAAAGGCGACCAAGAGAGACAAACGGAAAGGUGGCGGAGAUCAAGCAACGAAACAACAUCCCCUAGAUUUUUAG